UUUCAUGUCAUAAAUUUGCAUGAUCGAUAUUUUUUUUGCUACUGUCAACAGAAACAUCGGUUUUUAUUGAAUUAAUCGUUAUUUAUUUUCGUUUAUACGCCCCGCAGUAAUAUUUAGUGUUUUUUCUGGGUUUAUUAUUAUCGAACAGUGAAAAUGAACAACAUUAGCCCUACUACAGAAGAGGCGACCAUAGCCGGGGACCAUGCGGCUCCAGACCUGUCGCAUCUCACGCAGGAGGAGAAGGAGGAGCAGGAGCGCGUUUGGAAGGAGGAGCUCGUGCAGAUCGAGGACGAGAUAGCCACUCUGAGAACGGUUUUGGCGUCGAAAAUGCGACGAAGCGCAGAGCUGAAGCGCAACCUGGGCAUCACGUUCUUGAAGGAGGUGUCGGAAGACAUCAACCAGGGAAUCAAGAACGUCAAAGAGAGUAACGUAUACCAAAGUGUGGAAACUAAAGUUGGUCAGGUUACUAAAGCAGUCACUGAUGCCCCAAUUUAUCAAAAAACAACAUCAGUUAUUGGGGGAAUUACAGGCAGUAUUACCAACAAGUUUGGCCAAAUGAGACACUCUGAAUCUUUCAGAUCCAUUGAAGAAAGAGUUGGCUCAGCAUAUGAAAAUGUUAAGACAAAAGUUGUGUCUCGUUCCAACUCAACUCAGAGCCUUGACGAUGCCGCCCGAUCCCGUUCGGGAUCGGUCGUGACGAGUCCGACAAUACCCGAAGAGAAACCAUUGGCGUAGGAUCAAAAUGUUUUUUCCAAAAAAUCGAAAACACAUUUUGUUCAGCCAGAUUUGCCUUUAAUGCUUGUUAAUGAACUGCAAAAACUAAUUUACUCUUUACGAUUAGUUCUCUUAUAAUUCGUACUCAAUUAGCAAAAAACUUCAAAACUAAAUUGAUAAAUAUUGUUCAUGGGUUUAUUGCAAAUAAAAUAGCAUAAGGUUAAGUGUUGAAUGGUUAAUUUAGUUUUUGUUGCUCAAUCUUGAGAAUAUUUUAAACCAAUAUUAUCAUUAUUAUGCAAAAUAAAAAAUAAAGACUUAAUUAGAAGGAUUAUGUACAGAGGUUUUUAGGAAUUAGUUAAAAAUAAUCUCUUUUAUAAUGUUGCAAGUUAAAAAUAAAACUAAGAAAAUUACCAUUUUUAAAAAGCCCCCAGUAUAAUUUUUUAAUCUUUUAAUAUGUUGGCUUGGUUGUUUUCUGAAUGCAACAUUAUAAAAGGGCUUUUAAAUAUAUGCUAUUUUUGCAUUGGCACCAAUUAAAAUAUUUUAUCAUCUAUAAUAUUACUUUUUCUAUAUUAGUUUUAGUGUAAAUUAAUACAAU